AUGGAAGCUGCCCAGUCCACAUGCCUGUUGCUCUUGUUUCUCCUCACAUGUGGACCACUGCCAGAAGUUGCUGCAGAUGUUCAGGAAGCCUCAGAUGGCUCCAGUGCUGCCCAAGAACCUGUUUGGCUCACAGAUGUUCCAGCUGCUGUAGAAUUUAUUGCUGCUGUGGAAGUGGCUGUCAUAGGCUUCUUCCAGGAUUUGGAAAUAUCAGCAGUGUCUGUAUUUCACAGUAUGGUGCAGACAUUCCAAGAUGUGUCCUUUGGAAUUAGCAACAAUUCUGAGGUUCUGGCCCACUACAACAUUACAGGAAACACUAUUUCCCUCUUUCGUGUGGUGGAUAAUGAACAGUUGGAUUUAAACAACGAAGCCAUUGAAAGCAUUGAUGAGACCAAAUUAAGACGUUUUAUUGAAAUCAACAACCUCCAUUUGGUGACAGAGUACAACCCUGUGACUGUGAUUGGCCUAUUCAACAGUUUGGUUCCAAUUCAUCUUCUCCUGAUAAUCAGCAAGGCCUCCCAAGGAUAUGAAGAAAACAUGCACAGAUACCAGAAGGCAGCUAAACUCUUCCAAGGGAAGAGAGAAACACAUGGAUCAGAAGAAAAGUCACAAAAGGUGGAACUCUGA